UCGCCGGAGGAAGCAGCGCGGGCCUUCACCGGGGUUGGCCCGCCGCCUCCGCCGCCGCCGCGCCUGGACCCGGUUCUUCUGGCCCGGCCCGACCCGGUCUGGCCCGCCCGGGCUCAGCGGCCGCGGGGCCACGGCUCCCGAUGGAAAUUAUAUAGACUAUUUGGAUGACAUCUUCCUGAAAGAUCUUCAGGAAUUACAGAAGACAAAAACACUAAUGCAUUUGAGAAAGUGGUAAAGUUUGUGGGGAGGGGAAAAAACUGCUUUCCUGAUCUGCAAUUCAUCUGGAUGUUAAGAUGUCUGUGGACAUGAAUAGCCAGGGGUCUGACAGCAAUGAAGAGGACUAUGACCCGAAUUGUGAGGAAGAGGAAGAGGAUGAGGACCCUGGGGACAUAGAGGACUAUUAUGUGGGCGUAGCCAGCGAUGUGGAGCAGCAGGGGGCCGAUGCCUUUGAUCCUGAGGAGUACCAGUUCACCUGCUUGACCUACAAGGAGUCCGAGGGUGCUCUCAAUGAGCACAUGACCAGCUUAGCCUCUGUCUUAAAGGUAUCUCAUUCAGUUGCUAAACUUAUAUUAGUUAAUUUCCACUGGCAAGUCGCAGAGAUAAUGGACAGAUACAAGUCUAAUUGUGCUCAACUGCUCGUUGAGGCUCGAGUUCAGCCCAAUCCGUCGAAACAUGUCCCCACAACCCAUCCCCCUCACCACUGCGCAGUGUGUAUGCAGUUUGUGCGGAAGGAAAACCUACUGUCUCUGGCCUGUCAGCACCAGUUUUGCCGCAGCUGCUGGGAGCAACACUGCUCAGUACUUGUCAAGGAUGGCGUGGGUGUGGGUGUCUCUUGCAUGGCUCAGGACUGCCCGCUUCGAACACCAGAGGACUUUGUGUUUCCAUUGCUGCCCAAUGAAGAAUUGAGAGACAAAUACAGACGCUACCUCUUCAGGGACUAUGUGGAGAGUCACUACCAGCUCCAGCUGUGCCCUGGUGCAGACUGCCCCAUGGUUAUCCGGGUACAGGAGCCCAGAGCUCGCCGAGUACAGUGCAAUCGAUGCAACGAGGUCUUCUGUUUCAAGUGUCGUCAGAUGUAUCACGCCCCCACAGACUGCGCCACAAUUCGGAAAUGGCUCACGAAGUGUGCAGACGACUCUGAAACAGCCAACUACAUUAGUGCUCACACUAAAGACUGUCCCAAGUGCAACAUCUGCAUUGAGAAGAAUGGAGGCUGCAAUCACAUGCAAUGCUCCAAGUGUAAACACGACUUCUGCUGGAUGUGUCUAGGAGAUUGGAAGACCCACGGCAGCGAGUACUAUGAGUGCAGUCGGUACAAGGAGAACCCUGACAUUGUCAAUCAGAGCCAGCAAGCCCAGGCCAGGGAGGCCCUCAAGAAGUACUUGUUCUACUUUGAGAGGUGGGAGAACCACAACAAGAGCUUGCAGCUGGAGGCACAGACAUACCAGCGGAUUCACGAGAAGAUUCAGGAGAGGGUCAUGAAUAAUCUGGGGACGUGGAUCGACUGGCAGUACCUACAGAAUGCUGCCAAGCUUUUGGCCAAGUGUCGAUACACCCUGCAGUACACGUACCCAUAUGCAUACUACAUGGAGUCUGGACCCAGGAAGAAGCUGGCCCUGCCCCGGCUACAGCCCCUUCUCCUUUUGACCCUCCUGCUCUACCCAUACAGUUUGAAUACCAGCAGGCUCAGCUGGAGGCUGAGAUCGAAAACCUGUCAUGGAAGGUGGAGCGUGCAGACAGCUAUGACAGAGGGGACUUAGAGAACCAGAUGCACAUAGCAGAGCAGCGGAGGAGAACCCUGCUGAAGGAUUUCCAUGACACCUAGGUUGGGACAUGGACGUGCCAGAGUGAGGAAGAUGUGGCUGCGAGGUCUCCCGGCUGCUGUACUGCAUGCUGCAGGCUCUGCCUUUCACAACCCCAGGCAACAGCCAGGGCCCCACUCCUGAGAGACACUGGCCACACACCUCUUAGUCGAUUUCUGUUUUUUUUUUUUCCCUCAUCUUUUGCUUUUUGUUUUUCCCAGGGUAGAGGCCAUGUUGAAUUGGCCUCUUCUCAGGACCUUUAAUUCCCCCUGGAUGGUUGUUGGGAGGGAGGGAAAGUUUUUUUUGAAUGACUAUUAAUAGGAUUAGAUCAUUACAACUUAUAAUUUUCAAAGGUUGUACAAUUAUACAAAAAAGAGGGGGCAAACAAACCAUAGAAUUACACAGAACCCUUUUUAAAAAUAAAUUGGCAUUGGAGUGUUUUAACCUCUAGCUAUUUUACUUAGAAUGUAACAUAUGCUGCCCGCUCACCUUGCCUCAGAAUCUCUACUGCAAGAGGGCCCCGGUGGUCUUUGCUUGCCAGAUUCAUAUGUGUUUGGCCACAGCUAGAGUCCCAAGGGAAGAGCAUGGGUGGCAGAUGGUGGGAAAUUAAGUUGGCCUGAGUUAUAGGCAUGGAGCGCAGGGAAUCACAUCGUGCCUCCUGUCUGGUCCUUGUAGACCCUUUUGUGGUCAGGUGCACUGCCUUACGUUGGCAGUGAGGAGACAAUACAGAACGGAGUCUUGCCAUGGGGUGUCAUCCUGUCUGAUGGCACUGUGUGUCUGUGGACUCAUCUUAAUUCUUGAAAGUGAGCUUUACCUGGGUCUGGCUACUCAGGCCAGAGCCCACAGCAGAACACAUAGGUGGGCUUGUGGCCCUCCAGACCAGGGGAUGUGAGUUCAGCACAGUUUUCUUUUGUUUUCUAAAGAUAGAGAUCCACUUUUAAAGGGGAUUGUUCCCCCAAAUAAAUUUGUUUUACCUUG